AAACUACAAAUACUACAUGAAAGUUUGCAUCGUGUAUUAGCAGAUGUACAUCAUCUCGCUGAAAUGGAUUUCCUUAAAUUCUGAAAGAAGACAACCAAAAUACAACGUCACCAUUAUUAACAUUGGAAGAUGGUUAUAAGGGAUAAAGUUGGAUGACUAUGAAAUUAUUCAUCCCUGCCGUUUCUAUAUCUAUAUAUCCAAUAUCCCUCUUUUCUUUUUCUUUUUUCAUACCUGAUCACAUAAACAGCCUGACUCAGUGUUUUUUAAAUUUGUCUUUCAAAACCUGCUAAUUUCUUUAUAAAAAGGAGAAAACGAAAAGAUGUUGGAAGGAAAAGCACUGGUAGAAGAUACAGACAUGCCAAUCAAGAUGCAGAUCCAAGCCAUGGCUUAUGCUUCUCAAGCUUUAGAUCUCUUUGAUGUUCUUGACUGCAAAUCGAUUGCUGCCCACAUCAAAAAGGAGUUUGACAAGAGAUAUGGGAAUGGAUGGCAAUGUGUGGUGGGAUCAAAUUUUGGAUGUUUCUUCACUCACACCAAAGGAACUUUCAUCUACUUUACACUCGAGACACUCAGUUUCCUCAUCUUCAAAGGAGCUUCGUCUCUUUCUUCAUCAUCCUAAUCAUCUUCUCUUCCAGAUCUUUUAAAUUAGCGAAAACCGACAAGAAAGUAGGAAAUAUAUAUAUCUUGUGUAAUAGCUAAUGUUAGGGAUAUGCAGUUUAGUUGUCUUCUGUUGGUUUUUGUAAUGCAGAUUACUAAUGUAUGAUGUAUUUUGUUUCCUUU